GAGAGAGAGAGAUCCUCCCUGGCACACACACACACACACGUCCGUCAGUGUGGCAGUGUGAUUUUGACUGACGGGUGGAUUGUCAAUCGUGGAGGAACCUGAGGACGCGCUCCAUGAUUUUUUUUAAUCAUUUUUCCUCCUUCACACCUUUCUCUCGCUUGUCUUUCGUGCCAACGAUGGUUUUCUAGUUUCCCCGCUGCUUUUAUCCACCGGAGCAUCGGAUUUUUUCCCUCCCUUCAUUUCUCGUCUCCUUGUUUGGCCGAACCGGGGCUGACUCCAGCCAACCUGGGCCGGGCCGCGGGGCUGUUCAGCGAGCCUCAUAGCUGAAGUUGGCACCCGAGAUGAGCGCCUCGAGACCCGGGAUUGGGCUCCUCUUUGCACCGCGGAGAGGCUCUGGGUCGUGGUGGUGCCUGUGGUGGUGCUGGCUUGCGGCAGUCGGGGUGACAGUGGGCUCGGGAGACCCGUGGAUGUCCACGGAGGCAUGUCCUUCGACAUGCUCGUGCAGCAGCACCAGGAUCUCGUGCGUGGACCCGGAGCAGGGCAUCAACGCCUUCCCGGCGCUUCAGAGCGAGACAGAGAUGGAGAACAUCACCGACAUCUACAUCGCUAACCAGAGCAGCUUCUCCUCCAUCAACGACAAAGACCUGCACUACUACAAGAAUCUCAGGAACCUAACGGUGAUCAACAGCAGGCUUACGUAUGUAUCCAAGCUGGCCUUUCAAAACAACAUCAAGUUACAAUAUCUGAAUCUGAAAGACAACAACCUGUCGUCACUGUCCUGGAGACUAUUCAAGCACCUCAACAUCUCUUAUCUGAUCCUGACAGGGAACCCUCUGCACUGUUCCUGUGAGAACAUGUGGAUCAAACUAUGGUUAGGGGACGAAGUAGACUCUCAGGAUCUACGCUGCAUUGAGGACGGAGGGGUACGCAAGCUGAUGUCCAGACUGAUACUGCCGAACUGUGAGGUACCCAUGGCAACACUGAACCCACCCAGAGUGGAGGUAAUGGAGAAAGAGAACGUGCAGCUGACCUGUAUAACCUCUGGCGUGCCCUCACCUGAGCUGAUAUGGGACAUGUCGCUGGUCACCAACUAUGUGAUUGAGACAUCGGGCCAGAAUUCGGUAAUGCGACUUUCCAACCUGUCGUGGAUGGACCACAACAGCAAGAUCAGCUGCACGGCUGAGAACGUUGUCGGAGAGAGGGAAUCAUCUCUGUUGCUUGAUAUACUUUUUCCUCCGAGAAUUACAAAGCUAAGUGAUGCAAUCCCAGACCAUCACUGGUGCAUCCCUUUCAGUGUGGCAGGGAACCCAAAGCCAGAGUUAAAAUGGUUCCGGAACGGUGUGUCUGUGACGGAGGGUCGCUACAUCUUGACCAGGAUCCACGACACGACAGAGAGGGAGUAUCAUGGCUGCCUGCAGCUGGACAGUCCCACACACAUCAACAAUGGGAAGUACAGACUGGUCGCAAAAAAUAAAUACGGGUCUGACGAGAAGGAGGUGGAAGCUCACUUCAUGCACGAGCCCUGGGAAGGAGUAGGAACUGAGCCGUCCUAUUACGAUCUAAUCACAGAUGGUCCUCCAGUCAACCCACCCGAGGACAGAGUUGCUGUGUACGUGGUGGUGGGCAUCGCGGCUGUCGCCUUCACCGGUUUCCUGCUGAUGCUGGUGAUUCUCAAGUUUGGAGGGAACUCCAAAUUUGGCAUCAAAGGACCGUCCUCAGUGAUCAGCAACGACGAUGACUCGGCCUCUCCUCUUCACCAUGUCUCCAACGGCAGCAACACUCCCUCGUCUUCAGAGAUGGGCCCCGAUGCCGUCAUCAUCGGCAUGACUAAGAUCCCCGUGAUAGAAAACCCUCAGUACUUCAGGAGCACAAACAGCCUGCUCAAGACCGACACAUUCGUCCAGCAUAUUAAGAGACACAACAUUGUGUUGAAGAGAGAGCUUGGAGAGGGAGCCUUUGGAAAAGUCUUUCUGGCCGAAUGUUACAACCUCUCCCCUGACCAGGAGAAGAUACUGGUGGCUGUCAAGACGCUAAAAGAGGCCAGCGAAAAUGCCAGGAAGGAUUUCCACCGUGAGGCUGAACUACUGACCAACCUUCAACACGAACACAUUGUCACA